AUGUCUCCGCAAGAUAAUCCUGGUCGCCCUGACGGUGACAAGCCUGAGGGCUUGUCAAAAUACUUGAAGCGCAUGAGAACCGUCUUGCGACCGCGCUCAAGCUCGAAGCGCCAAUCUGUGGCUGCUCUACCAGAUGUGCCCGCCUCGUCCAGCGCUCCAGCUGCUGCCGCCGCCGUCGCUGGCACCACCCCACUCCCAAAGUCAACCGGCGCUGAGCCCACCAUGCUCACCGACUACAGCACCGUCCAACAGGAAAAAGCCCGCGCCCUCUUCACCAAAUACGGCUUGACUCUAGAACCGGGCGAGUGGAAAUCCCCAACAGAUCUACAGUUGACCCGGGUCACCAAACCCAUUCGCAUGCGAGUCCGCCGUACCUGCCACCGCUGCGAAACCACCUUCGGCCCUGACAAAGUUUGCGUCAACUGCCAGCACCCACGCUGCAAGAAGUGUCCUCGCACUCCACCAAUCCAAGAGAAGGAUCCGAAGGAAUACCCCUCCAUCUCGAUCUCGAAGAGCAAAAUCCCCGAGAUCCGCGCCCAGCAUGGCGGUCUUGCCUAUACGCCUUAUCUCCGGUACACGGGCGAUCCCAAUGCUCCGCUGACGAUGCCCUCGCGCUCUGGCAAGGAUCUUGUCAAGAAGAAUGUGGGGCAGCGAGUGCGACGUAUCUGUCACGGGUGCGAUACGAUAUUUGCUCCUGGCUCGAAGGAGUGCGCCAAUUGCAACCAUGUUCGUUGCAAGAGAUGUCCGCGCGAACCGCCGAAGCUUGAUAAACAUCCUGAUGGAUAUCCGGGGGAUGUUGAUCCGCCGAAAUUGAGGCCCGAUCGGACGUUUAGGAAGCCGCGCCAAAGAGUUCAUUACAUAUGUCAUGUCUGUGAGACGGGUUACAAUGAAGGAGCGAAUACUUGUGGAAAGUGCGGACAGGCUAAAUGUUCGGAAACUAUACGAAUUCCACCGAAGAAAAUCAAACGAGAGCUCGAUCCAGAAAUACUUCGGCGGGUCGAAGAAAAAUUAGCAGGCCUGAAUAUACAACAGUGA